GACAGGGACUCGCGGGGGCAUCUAGCACAGACCCCUGGACCACGCCGCCAUCGCAGGCUCCCGCCCAGUCCUCUCUCUGCCGCUUCUGCUCGCCAUGGAGGCGAGGCCGCCGCCGCCGCCGCGGGGCUUCGAGCAGCGGACCGGGCGGCGGCCCUGAGGGGAGCAGCGGGCCGAGACGCCGCCGCCGCCGCCGCCGCCGCCGCCGCCGCGGGGCUGAGGCGGAGCUGCCGUGCGCGUCCCCCGCGGUCCCGCCCAGCGCCGGGCUCGGUCAGCAUGGAUUCCUGGCUCAUUCUUGUUCUGUUUGGCAGUGGUCUAAUACAUAUUAGUGCCGACAAUGCUACCACAGUUUCACCUUCUUUAGGAAUUACAAGAUUAAUUAAAACAUCAACAACAGAAUCAGUUAAGGAAGAGAAUAAAACGUCAAAUCCAACCUCUUCAGUAAUUUCUCUUUCUGAGGCACCAACGUUCAGCCCAAAUCGAACUCUGGAACCCACCUAUGUAACUACUGUUAAUUCUUCACACUCUGACAAUGGGGCCAAGGGAGCAGCAAGCGCGGACUCUGGGGGCACUACCAUCUCACCAAAUGGAACGUGGCUUCCUGGUAACCAGUUCACAGAUGCCAUUUCACCAAAUGGAACGUGGCUUCCUGAUAACCAGUUCACAGAUGCCAGGACAGAGUCCUGGGAGGGUAAUUCCAGUACUGCAGCAACCACUCCAGAAACCUUCCCUCCUGCAGGUAAUUCUGACUCAAAAGACAGGAGAGGUGAGCCAAUCACCUUUUCUCUGUUGUCCUUUUAA